AUGGCAACGCCCACUCCAUCAUCACGUCAUUUAUUUAAGUCUCUGGCGAGGAGAUACCAAGCCAGGCAUCUGAGACUGUCCGAGCUUACUUCUUCCCUUUCCUACUCUUCUCAUCAUCACCAGUGGCCUAAUAAUGAUCAUCCAAUACCCGCAACCUUGAACCUAGCAUCAAAGUCAUCAGCACAUUUACCAACCACGGCGUCACUGAACACUACAGCAGCUUUUUCUUUUUCUACUGAUGCCUCAACAACUUCUCCGAUCAACUUGGAAUCACCCAAUUGCAAUAUUCCGCCACACAUUGCCGACCGUGUUUUAUUGACUCCAAAGUUGUAUCAGCAACCACCCCACCCACUUUGCACCAUCAAGGAAAAGAUUGAAACUUUCUUUCCCGGCUUUGACUAUGUAGACAGCAAGGAUCCAAUUGUUAAAUCGACCGCCAACUUUGAUUCCCUGUUGAUUCCGCCCGAUCACGUCAGCAGGAGCAAAUCUGAUACCUAUUAUGUGGAUCAUCCAGAUGUUUGUUUGCGAACCCACACCAGUGCCCAUCAAUUGGAGCUGCUAAAACAAGGUCACAAGGAAUUUCUGUGUACCGGUGAUGUCUAUCGACGCGACGACAUUGAUAAAUCGCACUAUCCCAUUUUUCAUCAAAUGGAGGGUGUCAAAGUCUUUGAUUUAUUGCCAGAGGGGACGAUGAGCGAUCCGGAGCAAAAUGUAGAAUUGGUCAUGGAAGACUUGAAGAAAACUCUGGAAGGAUUGGCUCAGCACUUAUUUGGUCCAGUGGAAUGUCGAUGGGUAGAAGAGUACUUUCCAUUUACACACCCAUCACUGGAAUUGGAAAUUUGGUACCAAGACGAUUGGAUGGAGGUGUUGGGUUGCGGUGUCAUGCAGCCAAAGAUUCUUCAAGAUGCUGGAUACGAUACUACGAAACAUCAAGCAUGGGCCUUUGGGCUGGGUUUGGAACGCCUGGCCAUGGUUCUAUUUGAGAUUCCCGACAUUCGACUCUUUUGGUCUCAGGAUGAAAGAUUUUGGAAUCAAUUUCAACCCGGAGAAAUCACCAAAUUCCAGCCCUACUCGAAAUAUCCUCCAUGCUUUAAGGAUGUUAGUUUUUGGGUAGACGAUGCUGCUGCUGGCGACCAUGAAGCUGCCAAGAACUUUCAUGUCAAUGAAUUGAACGAUUUGUUACGUCAAGUUGGCGGAGAUUUGAUUGAAGCUGUGGAAUUGGUGGAUCAAUUCACUCAUCCCAAGACCAAUCGUGAAUCUCACUGCUAUCGCAUUACUUACAGAUCGAUGGAUCGGUCCUUGACCAAUCAAGAGAUUGAUGCCUUGCAAGAGCAAGUGAGAGAUAAGAUCUCGAAUCAAUUGAAUGUAGAACUAAGAUAG